GCCUGGAAUAGGAGAAGCAUAUUCUUCUUGCUGCUGUUAAGCCUCACAUGGACUGCUGGUAUUCUGUUUAUAAAUGAUGAGUCAGUAUUCUUGGCUUACGUAUUUUCACUGCUUAAUAGCGUACAAGGAGUCGCAAUUCUGAUGUUAUAUUGUUUUCAAAAUGAAAAGGUAAAGCAAGACUUUAAAAGAAUUUUUAACAAUGACAUAUGCUUUAAGCAAAAAAAGGAACGAGGGCCUCAAACCAGUGAACCGUCUGUGAUCAAUGGAAGUGCUUCACAGGAGAGUAAUGCGCAAGAAUUUUGGAGGCUGGGAAAGGAGAAGUGUAACAGCUCUAAAGUAAACACUCCAUUAGAUUCUUCUCCUGCAGUACCUUCACAAAGCGCAAAUAAUGAGACUGGAGAUCACAUGUCACAAAAUAUGUUUUGGAUGUCACGCGGAAAUUUACAUCAGCAACCAGAUUACUAUUCAGAAACAAAUGCUGUCGAAGAACAAGAUGUUACACCUUCUAAGUUUCAUACUUCUCAAUCUCCUAGACAUCAGGAUCAAUGUCAUCACUUUUUCAUUCUGUCACAAAAAAAUGGGCAGUUUAUGGAUCAUAUAUAUGAGACAAUUGAUGAUGAACCAACAGGACUAACUAACAGUACUACAGUGAAAAGUAACAGUAAAAACUUUCAGUCUUGUCAAAGAUCUCCUCCUGCGGAAAAUUAUUAUGGAUACCAUUCAGAUCUCAGUCAGCAUUCAUCUUCAAGUUACGGAUAUGAUCAGCAACCUUUAUUAGUUGUGGGAGGUCAGAAUAGACAGAACACAAACCAAACUUCUUACCCAAUACCAAAAGAAAACCAAAUACAACAAUUUAUUAAAGAAGAAAAAGUGUUAUGGGAAGCAAAUCAAAAUAUAUCUUAUCAUACAGGUAAAAGCUCAACAGACAUGUCUCUAAGGCAAAAAACAUCUAGUCCAGAAAAUUCUGCUAGUUUAUUUACUGAAAAGCAAACUCUCCAAAAAGAUCCACUCGAAAUGUGGGAGCCACAUUUGCCUGAUCUUUUACAGAGUCCUGCUGAUAAUGCCGUAGUAUUAGCUGUAUUAGAUGGGGAUAAAGUUGUAAGUAGGAUACAAGAUGAUGCCUUGACUCAAUCGCACUACAAACUCACCACAUAUUGUUGAGCUUGACAUGUAUAUUGGCAUUCCAUCCUCAACAAGUAAAAAUAUUAUUUAGUCCGAACAAAUUUCUAGUCAACGUCUGGGCCGUCCUACUUGCAUAUUUUUCAUAUUUGUUUAUUAUUUCAUACACAUUUUUCCACAUAAUUUAAAUUUUGUGUACAUUCGCUUAUAUAUAAAGUUUGACAGUUAUGUUGUCUAUUGUAAUUAUAUCAAAAUCAGGACCAUUAAAACAAAAUUUAUUCAAUGUUAGUAGUUAAAAGAUGCGAUAUCUUUCAUAUAUUAAAGUUUUAAUGUAUGCCCUAUUGUUGAAAUAGCAACAUAAUCAACAAUCUGUAAGUUAUAUAAUUUGCUCAGAUUUUCUUCUGAGAAAAAAAAAUUAUACAUCCAGUUUUGUCUUUCUGAGAACAAGAAAUUUAAAAUUAUUUGAUACCUAAGAUAUCAGAAAUCUCUAUUUCUAAUUAAAACAAAUGCAUAAUUAUAGAUUUACAGCAAAGUAACUGCGCAACUGUUUGCCUUUCUAAUGGUCUCAGAUCUUCUAAAGAAGCUCUUGAAGCAGUGUUUAAUACUAAUAAUAAACACCGUAUACAAGUUCCCCCUCCCUUAUUUGACGGAUUAAAUACAAGAGUGCUGCCCAAAAUCUUUUAAGUGCUAGUAUAUUCUUAAAAUCUUAAAUUCAAAAAUCUUUUUAAAUAUAUUCUUAAAAAAUAGGAAGUUGGGGAAUUUAUUUUGGUUGCUGAGGAAACCAAAAAUAAUACUGUAUGUCACUCGUUAAAACAAAAUAACGUACUUAAUGCAUACAAAAGUACAGACAAAUGAACAAAAGCUUCCCUUGAAAUUUAUAAAGCAUUAUAAAAUAGAUAAAUACAGCGAAUUCAUCUAUGCAUCGGGGAAAAAAAUCGAUCCAAAGACCUGAUCAUUGAAAAACGGGAAUCUGUGCCUGAUAUUUGAAAGUAUUUCUCUAUUUGACAGAUGAUUUCAAUUAGGGGUUUUAUGUAAUGUAUUCUGAAAAUUAAUGGUACUUUAUUUCUAAAUUAAAUGAUUAAAAUUAUUAUUAUUAUUUUACUGGGGCUUUUAAUGGAAAGAACUUAGUGUUAUCUGUAUAGUAAACGCUUAUAGGUCAGUCUGAUAUCUCAUAACUGAAAUAUUUUUCAAAAUAUAUCGAAUAUAAUUUAAACGCUGCAAAUGUUUUAAAAUCUGUUAAUAAAGAACUAGAAUAAAAAAACAGUAUUUUUAAGACUUAUAGUAACUGUUGAUCUUAUUUCACCGCAAACAGUAUUUCAGUAAAUAGUAAUAAAAUACUAUAGCAUAUGCAACGAACAAUAGGUUACAGGAGAUAUUAUGCUGUUAGAGUCAAGGGAUUACGAAAAAAAUGCAUCCGAAACCGUUAAAAGUGCUAGGAAGAAAUUUUCCGGGAAUUUUGAUGUAUUUACAUGUUUAUUUCUUGUAUCUAAAACCACAAAAUUUCGUAGUUUCACGAAGGAAUAAUUCGAUUUUAGAUUAACGAACUCAAACUAUAACAAAUGGUUUACGGCUUGAACAGCUAAGACACAGCCGAAAUCUCUAAAAUUACGGCUAAAACAGCUAAGGCAGAGUCGAAAUCCCCUAAAAGAUGCUGAAAGAAGUUGAAUUUAGGCAUAAUAAAAGUGAAGCAGAAGCAACAAAAAUGUGUUAUUAAUUAUGUUUAUUAAAUAUUAAUUUUAUAUAUUUGUAAGCAUACUAAUAAUACAUAUUUAUUAAACAUAAUAAACCUAUUUAUUUACAAGUGCAUGGCUUCUGGCACCUAAGCUAAAACCAGGCAUAGGCACCUGAGCCAAAGUGAGUAUUUUGUUAAACCUUAAAUUUAUAUGUACCUUUCUAGCAGACUAAAAUGAAUUUUUUCACUUUUCCGUUUUACCUAUUAUUUGGAGAGCGCCACUUGAAGAACAUAACAUUCAAUUAAAAAAACUGAUAGGGACACCACAUGACUUCCUUGUAGGAUCUAUUAAAUAUUUUUAGAACAAUAAUAAGCUGAUACUAAAUAUUGUUAGAUACAACAAUAAGUUGAUAUUAAAUAUUGUUAGAUAUUUAUUUUUAGACUAACUACAGGUGUAAACAAUUUUUAUAUAUGUAAUUAGAUUUCGUUAUUUGACGAAGAUUUUAUUUAUUUUUUUUUUAAAUUUGACAUUGCAAAAGCAUGAAUAUUUUCAUCAUUUAAAUGUAAGUGGAAGUAUAUGACUGGGGCCAACGUUUGCUAAAAUAAAGGCUGGGUAAGGACUUUUAUACUGGGUAAGAAGUGUGGAUGUAUAUAUAUAUAUAUAUGUGUGUGUGUGUGUGUUUGUAUGUCUGGUACUCCCGAAAUUAGAUGUUAUAGUAAUCCCAUAUACAAAGUUUCAACGUUCUACGUCUAAUCUUUUUUCAGUUUUGGGAGAUGCUUACAUACAGGCGUCAAGAAAAAAAAUCCGUUUUGAAUCCAUUUUACAGUUGUUUUGGAAAGAGAGUCCUCUCUUCUAUACGUGCAUAUAGAAGUCACACAAAAAUUCGUCCAAACAGAUUCGGGAACGAUCAGAAUGGAUAUUUUCGUUGAAAUAUGAAACCCACAAUUUUUUCGUGAUUAUUUCGUAGAAGGAAGGAAGGGGAAUGCCAUUCUGGCAUAUGGUGAAAAGAGAGAGAAUGGAGCAAAAAGGUUUGAGAACCACUGCAAACAACAACAUAUCACAAGCUUUCACUGUGAGCUCAUUCAGUCUACAAUAUACAUAACCAUCACUGUUUGCAGCUGACGAGGGAAAUUUCAUAGUCUGGCCUUCUUCUCCAGAUCAUGGAUGAUAAAUAUUCCUGCUUUGUGGUUACUCUAGCAUCUUUUAAGUUUUUCUUUCUAAAUCUCUUGCAUACAUCCAGGUUUCUGAAAAAAUAAGAUUUCACUUUUAUGGGCAAAAAUAUAACACUUAUUUCAUUCUCAUUUUUGUAGAAAGAAAAUUAAUUAAAUAUGCUAGACAUUUUUUUAAAAAAGCAUUUACACUAGUUAAGUUAACAGAUAUUUUUAAUUGCUGUGAUAAGUGCAUUUAGUUAUGCUUGAAAGUGUGUAUUCAGCUUUAAUUCUGAACAUAAAAUAGUCAUUUUCCAAAGUCUUUUUUCAUUCAUGACAUUUUGAUACAUGAAGACGUUUUUUAGAUUUCAUUUAUGGGAUAUCAGUCUGAAUUAACACUCAGAUACCAUUUGUUGCAUAAGCAUUUUCAAUUUUUAAAACACUUUGAACACAAAGUUAUCUUCUGUAGUGAAUAUAAUUUCCUAUCUGUAAUUAUUAGUCAGUCUGUGUAAUGUAAUUUAUAAUCGUUGAUUUUAUCAAGCGAUCUUAAUUUAUGCUGUAUGGUUUACAGUCAUUAAUUAUAAACCUUGGUUUUUCAGGCACUAAUACCAUUUGACCGAUAAAUGUUAUAUUUGAUUAUGUUAGAAAGCAUUGUAAAAGUGCAUUAUGAAUUCGUGUAAAGGAAUUUAGUAUUAACCAUAUAUGCGUUAUUUUAAGGAACUUCCUUAUUAUUCUUAGGUUUAUACCUAUCUGGUCCUUUCAUGUUUCAACUCUGAAGAUUUAAUAACAAUUUCGAAAUCCUAUGUACUGCAUGCGGGAAGUAUUCCAUUGCAAUUCUUCAAGUGACGGUCUAAGAAAAGGGGGCAGGAGGUUUGUUGAUGAUUAUUUUCGUUGACAAAUAACUUAAUGUAUUCAUUCUACACAACUGUCAUAUUGCACAAAUUGACACUGUUCUAAGAUUGAAUGCAUAACAUCUUAUUGUGAAAAAGUUCCUAUUUCUUAAUAAUAUUUUUUUAAUGAGCAGAACGCUUCAGCACAAAGGUUAGUAUAGGUUUGUUAAGAAAGAACUAGAAUUAGUUUCAGGAUUAGUAUAUUUCGUAAUUGUAAUGUAACAGCCACAUGGACUUUUAUUUAGAAAAAAAUUAUUGGUUCAAAAUAUUAAUUUUCCAUGCAGGAGUUUCAUAUGCCUCAUAAUGAAAUUAUAAAGAUUAAUUAAUACUUUUUAUAGUUCUAUAUGACUAUUCUUUUAAAUCUACCUAACAUCUUAUUUUCAAAAAGAAUUUUCGUGAUUUAAGUUAACUUGCUUUUAAGUCUAAAUAAUGAAAUGUAUGAAUAUUGAAAUUCGGUAAUUUUACACAAACAAAAAAAACAAAAAAAGAAAGAAAAGAAAAAGAAAAAAAGGACAGCUUUGCAUAGUUUACAAAAUUACAAAAAGAUAACAUAGUUUACAAAAAUGUAUUCUGAAAUUCGGUGAUUUUGCAAAAAAUCACUGACUGUGAAGGUAAUUUCGGAUUUAUCAAGUAAAUAAAUGGCACUUUAUGAAAGAAAUUGCGGUAGAAAUCUUAUUUCGGCUAUUAUAUUACUGUAAUUCAGGAAGAAAUUGCCCAAGAAAUCUUGUUUCGGUAAUUAAACUGCUGUCGAUAUUCUGAAUGGACGAGCGAAUGCCCUUUUUAAAAAAAUUAUUAUUUCUAUGUUUCUGAAAUAGAAUUCGAUGAAGGAGAGGCCCACCAGCGGCCGAGCAUUAAAGUCGCUGAACAUUCGAAGUUUGAUCCAGGGUUUGAAAUAUCGGCGAACGAAUUUAAACAUGGUAUCGAAUGGUAUAAUUUAAACAUGAUAUAUUAUCGAAUUAAUACAUGUUAAUUAAUGUAUACACUGUAAUAAAUAAUAACAAUAACGGGGUAGGCCUGUUUUUGUAGUUUUCUUCAUGUCCAGCGUAUAUACGAGCGUUUCCCUUAGGAAGUCCUUCACGAAAGCAUCCAUUCCCUUAGCCCUCGUUUGCUUUGCAACAAUUAAAUAAACCAACUCAAACCAUGAUUGGAGAAGAUAUCCACAAUCCUUAUAAAUGCUUCAUUUUACUUACAUUUUUCGUACAAUUGUUUUUAGUUAAAAAAGUUAAUAAGCCACAUAACUUCAUUUUCUAUCGUCUAUACGUAACAGUGAACAAAUUACCUCUGAUUCGCAUUCGUCUCACAUUAUGAUGCAAUUCAAAAUUAUUAACGCAAUAUUUACACUCACAAUCGCUACAUUUUGAAUAUGUUCACAAGGCCAAAAUAAGCUGGCUUCCUAGUGGAUUCUAAAUAUCUUUACAAAAGCCCUUGUAUAUCCUACUGUUAGUCGUGUUCAGAAUUUAAGCAUGGUAAUUAAUGUAUACACUUCAAUAAAUAAUAAUAAUAACGUGUGGAUUGUAUAAUUUUCCACAUCUUAAAACAAAACAGCAGCAUAAUAUUUAAUCUUGGGUUAUAAAAAUGUUCUUGAUUGACUUGUACGUAAGGUAUGUAAAUGAAAAAUGGGUUUGUUUGUUUGUUUGUUUUUAAACAGAAGCAUUUUUAGUACAUUAUUCAUUUAUUUGCUUUGAAUAAAUCACAAAAAAUAAUGAAAUUCAAUUAUAUAUCAUAUCUGACUUGUGAAUUCAAUUUCAGACAUUCCACCAUUUGAAAGAAUUAUGUUGAAGAAGUUAUGAAACUUCAUUAAGAAUUCAUUUUCAUAUAAUUUUAUAUAUGCGUUUUAAGUAUUAGAAUUAGUUUUAAAUAUUAGCAUUUUGACCUAUUUAAUAGAAGUAACAAAUGAAACAAUUUUAUAUGUUUAAUUUGUUUGUUAAAUAUAAUUUUCUCUCAUUUGUUAAAUUUUGUACAGUUUCCUUAAUCUUCUGAAAAAAGUUUGCUCUGUUUAUAACCCUUUAUAAGUUUUUACUAUUUUUUUUAUUUUAAUCAGAAUAAUUUUUUGCUUGCCUUUUUUUAUUAGACAAUAGUGUAUUUCACGAUUAAAUAAAAUUACGUUUUCAUUCAUUAUGGGAAAAAAAUCAAGUUUUGGCUGCAAUAAAGUAAUUAGUAAAGGAGAAAUGAGAUCAGGAAAUUCUAUACUAUUUUUCAAGCAAAAUUUUAGUGCUCGAACAUAUCUCGCCACCGAUUACAUGAAAGCAAAAUUUCAUGGCUGUAUAGCAUUUUAUGAAUAAAACAAAUUCUCAUACGGAGAAUUAAUUCUUUAUUAUUUGUAACUGCAAAAUUGGCCCAACUGGCAAUCCAUUGAUGGUGUUGAAAAUUUUCCUUGAUUAAUCAAAAUCUAUUGAUUUAGCCCAAACGUGAUUAUUAAUUCUGUGUUUUUAAAACUUUGCUGAGAAAAAGGAAAAUGUAUUUAAUAUUACCGUUUCUUUAAGAAUUUUAACAUUUCAUAAUAUCGGCAGCGCUUCUUUUGGAAAUUCUAUAUGCAAGGAUGAAAGUAUGAUUCUCCCCUCUCGCCUCUAUUCCAAGAUGUCUAAAUAAUAGAGCACAUUAUCAAAUAUUAUUUUACUGUUUUAAAUUUUUUCUUUGAAAAGAGCGAUUGCUUAUUCUCAUAAAUGAAGUGCCGUUUGUGAUUUUUUGAUGAUGUUUAAAACACGUUUUUUUAAUAGGUCUGUUUCCAUAUUCUAUUCGGUGGUGUUCAAAAUACUGCCGAGAAUUAGUUUCUAUGAAAAAAAUAUUGAAAUGGGUGAAAAAUUAUUCUUUUAUUUAUAAUAUAAAUUUUAUUUAAAUUUGUAUUGUAAGUUGAUUUCACACAAAAUGUACAAUAUGUAGGAUUGCAUUUUCUCUGUUAAAUAUAAUUGUGAUACUUAUGCUACUUGAUUUUUUUGCAUUUACAGAAAAUAUGCGAUAAACUAUAAUGUUCAAUAUCUCUGUAAACAUUAAAAUGUCAUUGUUGUUUCGGUUCAAAAAGAAAUUGGAAUAGAGAUAUAAAAUAAAAUAUAAGUAAAUAUAUCGAAUAUAUAUAACUAUAUAUAUUGAAAGAAAUACUGUGUACUUCGCAUAACUUUUUAUAGAGAAUAUUGACUGUAUAAAACUUAUUUUGUACGUAUUCUUUCAAUUUGUUUUGAAAAUGAAUCGGUCAGUCUUUUUGUCAAAUUAUAUUAACAAGUAUUUCAUUAAUUUGAAAAACAACAACACUUAAAAUAAUUGUGAUACUUAUGCUACUUGAUUUUUUUGCAUUUACAGAAAAUAUGCGAUAAACUAUAAUGUUCAAUAUCUCUGUAAACAUUAAAAUGUCAUUGUUGUUUCGGUUCAAAAGAAAUUGGAA